AUGCACCGGCAUGUGGAUGCCCGAUCUAAUCAGCCGCUGCUCAAAGAUGAGCGCCGAGGACGGUUGUCGACCGCUAGUUUCGACCAUGGUGAUGUGGAAGGCAGGCCGAUGCUGCACCACCAUACUCGUCGCCCAACUAUCAGGAGCAGCAGCCCCGAACACGCCGCAGAGGAACAGACUCGUCGGAAGUACUUGAUUGCGUCAGGAUUCCUGCUGUUGAGCUUGGCGAGUUUCGUGGUGCAGACCGAGACGGCUGUGUACAUUCAGCAUGAGUUGCACUGGGACAAACCGUACUGCAUGCUCUACAUGACACAUGGUUCUUGGGCUCUACUCUGGCCAGCUCAACUUUUGAUCUUGCGGUUACAAAAGCGGAAACUCUCGUGGUCUGCAUUCUGGCGUCGCCAUGUGUCUCUCCUUAAGACGACUGCGCAGAUGGUCGAGUCUCAAAGCUUACACCCGUCCUCGCAUGACCACCACCGCUCACCGGUCCGGUACAUGUUGAGGACCACCGCCUUCGUUACCACAGCUCUCACCAUCGCCGGUGGCUCCUGGUAUGUCGCUGUGAACCUGACGACUGCGAGCGACCUGACCGCUAUCUACAAUUGCUCGGCAUUCUUUGCCUACGCCUUUUCCAUCCCCAUCCUCAAAGACAAAUUACGAUUCGACAAAGUCUUUUCCGUCAUCGUGGCAAUCAUCGGUGUCCUAGUGGUCGCAUAUGGAGACCGAGACGAGAGCAAGAAGACCGCCGAUGGCACCGUGGGUAAGGGUCACGAUGAGGCGGAGCAUAGACUGAUAGGCAAUAUCAUCAUCGGCGUUGGUAGCGUGCUCUAUGGUCUGUACGAGGUUUUGUAUAAGCGAUUCGCCUGUCCUCCGGAAGGCACCAGUCCCGGCCGGAGCACGAUCUUUGCAAACACCUUCGCCAGCAUGAUCGGGUGCUUCACCCUAUUUGUGCUUUGGAUUCCCCUUCCGAUCCUCCACAUCCUGGGGCUGGAAACCUUCCGCUGGCCGACGGGCGAGGCCGCCUGGAUGCUUCUGAUCUCCGUCCUUGCCAAUGCUACCGCCCUCCUAACCAUCUUCAUGGUCGCCAUCGUCGACUGGCUUCGCACCGGCCAGCCGCUCUCUCUCGCAUCCAUCAUCGGCGGCAUCCUCAUCAUGCUAGCCUUCUUCCUUCUCAGUUGGAGUACCUACCGGGAAAUGAACGAGGAGCAGAAGAAGAACAUCGAAAACGACCAGGUCGAGUCCUCCGAUACUGAGGACUAG